AUGACCACCGAUUCGAACACCACCCGUCUCAAUACCAUCGACUCAACCGCCACCGAUCCACAUACGACAUACACCUCGUCGGACCCGUCGACCGCGCCGCACGCGCCCUCCACGCACAAGAUCCUCGGCGACAUCAAGGGCGCGGUGCACGGGGUGACGGGCUCGCUCCAGGCCGCCACGGGGACCAUGUUCGGACAGAAGCACAUGGCCGAGAAGGGCUUUGACAAGAUGAGCGACGAGGACGCCCGCCUGGCCGCGAAGACGGGCAAGCCUCCCGUGGGCACCGAGCAGCGUGGUAGUGUCCCCGAGUCAACAACGACGACCUCUGCAGCCACCACCACCCCUGGAGCCACAUCCGCAACUGAGCAUGGGAGGGGUCUCCCUCAUGAGCGGACCUGA